GCGGGAGCCCGGGCUGGCAGCGCGACCCACCGGCGCUCAGGCCUGGCGCCCGGUCCCGGCUCCCGAGCGGCGGUCCGGGCCCCCGGGCCCGCGGACACGGGCUGGCCGAGUCGGAGCGGCCAGCGGCUGCCGCCCGCCGGGAGCGCCGCGCGGGCCCCGAGAUGCCCGGCUGACCGCCGGCGCGGGCAGGAGCGCGGAGCAGCGGAGACCCCCGCGCCCCCCCCCCCCCCCGCGCCCGGAGACCCCCGACAGCCGUUCUCUGGUGGGAGGCUGAGCUGGAAAAGGCAGCAGGAGGUGACUUAGAGGAGACAGAAUGUCUUUGCACUCACGCUCCCUGCCCCGAGUGUGCAGACUUGGCUGCAGGGAAGUGCUGUGCUUGGUGCUCGUCGCGGUGAGCGUGAGCCGCGGAGCCUCGGGGCUGUGCCCCAGCGCGUGUAUCUGCGCCACGGACAUCGUGAGCUGCACCAACAGGAACCUGGCCAAGGUGCCCGGGAGCCUGUUCCGACUGAUUAAGAGGCUGGACCUGAGCUAUAACAGAAUCGGCCUCCUGGACUCCGAGUGGAUCCCAGCGUCGCUGGUGAAGCUGAACACUCUGAUUAUCCGGCACAACAACAUCACCAGCGUUUCCACCGGCAGCUUUUCCGCCACGCCCAAUCUGAAGUGUCUUGAUUUAUCCUCCAAUAAGCUGAGGUCCGUGAAAAGUGCCGUGUUCCAAGAGCUGAAGGUUCUGGAAGUGCUCCUGCUGUACAACAACCGCAUCACGUCCCUCGAUCCUUCUGCGUUCGGAGGGCUCUCCCGGCUGCAGAAACUCUACCUGAGUGGGAACUCUCUCACCCAGUUUCCUAUGGACUUGUAUGUCGGGAGGUUCAAGCUGGCAGAACUGAUGUUUCUAGAUGUUUCCUAUAACCGGAUCUCUUCCCUGCCAAUGCAUCACAUAAAUUUAGUGUCAGGAAAACAGCUGAGAGGCAUCUACCUUCAUGGAAACCCGUUUAUCUGUGACUGUUCGCUUUAUUCAUUGUUCAUCUUUUGGUACCGUAGGCACUUUAGCUCAGUGAUGGACUUUAAGAGUGAUUAUACCUGCCACCUGUGGUCUGACUCCAGGCAUUCCCGUCCCAUCCCUCUACUCCAGAAUAGCUUUAUGAAUUGCUCUGAGAGUAUCAUCAAUGGUUCCUUCCGUGCACUUGGCUUUAUUCAUGAGGCUCAGGUAGGGGUAAGGCUGAUUGUCCACUGUGACAGCAAGACCAGUCAUCCAAAUACUGAUUUCCUUUGGGUGGGUCCAGAUAACAGACUGCUGGAGCCAGAAAAAGAGAUGGAGAACUUUCACGUGUUUCACAAUGGAAGCCUGGUUAUAGAAAGCCCUCGUUUUGAGGAUUCUGGAGUGUAUUCCUGUAUUGCAAUGAAUAGGUAUCGCUUGUUAAAUGAAACUGUGGAUGUCACAAUAAAUGUUAGCAAUUUCACUGUAAACAGAUCUCAUGCCCAUGAAGCAUUUAACACAGCUUUUACUACUCUUGCAGCCUGUGUGGCCAGCAUCAUUUUAGUACUUCUGUACCUCUAUCUGACGCCAUGCCCUUGCAAGUGUAAAACCAAGAGACAAAAAAACACGCCAAACCAAAGCAGUGCGCCUUCCUCUGUUCUCAGUCCUGCCGGUGACGCUCCCACUGAUGAGCGGAAGGCAGGUGCUGGUAAAAGGGUGGUGUUUUUGGAGCCUCUGAAGGAGACUGCAGCAGGGCAGAAUGGCAAAGUUAGGCUCUUCCCUAGUGAAACGGCCAUAGCUGAAGGCAUCUUAAAGUCCACCAGAGGGAAAUCUGAUUCAGAUUCAGUCAACUCCGUGUUUUCAGACACACCCUUUGUGGCAUCAGCUUAAUUGUGCCUGUAUUUGUGUGAUGUAGUCAUGUAAUCUUCCCAUAUUUAUCUUUGCGUGUAGUCUACAAACUAACAUCAGGAAAGAAACUGUUUUAAAACGUUAGAACCAAAUGGCCACUUAAAGUGUUUGAUAGGAUAUGUGUUAAAUCGUCUUGGUUCUUCAAUAUGCCAGAGAAACACUUUUAUUUUUUCAAAGUUGAAAUUCUAGAUAACAGUAUCUUAGUCGUUAGCACUGCUGAUUACUUUGAAACUGAUAUGGUAAUAUUUGACUAACACUGUUCUUUCAUUAAAGUUUCUUGAAAGAAGAAAUAUAUUCAGGAAUCAGUAUUCUUUAAAAAGAGACUUGACUAUAAAAUGUACUGUGACCAAAGUUGUAUUACCUUAAAGAAAAGUUCUAGUGCUCUAAUGUUUUUUAAUGAUAUAAAAGAAAGAAUAAAGCAUCAAUUAUUUAUGAAGCACAAAGUAAAGCUUGAUUUGAAAAUUAGUUAAUUUAUCAUUUCAACCCAAGGUGAACACAUGACACUGAUAAAAUUUUCCUGAAUAAUGUCAUAUUGCAUAUGGUGUUAGAAAAAUAGUGCAAUUAAAGGUAUAUUUGUUUGACUGUUUACCUUCCAUUCUGUACAUUUUUUAUCUCUGUACAAAUAUCUUACUGAAAGCAUAAACUCAUUAUUUGUUGUCAUAAAUAUGUGAACAUCAAAACCAAAAUAUCCGAUUCAUUCUUAAACCUUUAUUCUAGCAGACUAGUACUUGUUCAUAUGUGUGUAUGUAAAUCUUAAAUUAUAUGAACUGCUUAAAAGAUCCUGCCAUAUUGUUCUUUGACAUUUAAACUAAUGUAAAUAUAUGUAUUGUGAUAAUAGAUGUUGUGUUCUAUUCAAAACAUAAAUCUAAUGUUUGAUGUGA